AUGCCAUCUGGGGCUUAUCUACAGCAGUUGAUUCCCCAGCUGUUUGCUCAACUAACUCGUGGCUGCGGGAAUUCAUCAUGCACUAAUGAACAUUGUGCUUCAUCCGUUUCCUAUUUGCACUCUGGCAUUACGGCCACGCAGGCUGCAGCCCUCUCAAUUCGUCUCACACAACAGAAUCCUAUUAUAUGUUCGAGACACGAUCGAAACGUUGCUGAAUCUGACCAGAAUACCGACACACAAAAUAGGAUAUCCUUUGUAUCCUCUUUAUGCCCUGAUAUUUCUUCAUUUGACUCGGAGAAUGCUAUCCACCACGAGCCUAUGGAUGUUGGAAACGAUUCCUGUUCUGAGAGCAAUUCUCUAUCUGGCCUAAUUGCAGGAGGGUCUUCCUCUCAUAUUCCUCUUUCUAGAAUGCCAGUUGAAGAUGCCUACUCCUUUCCUGAUUCGGAGGUUGAGGAAAUAGAUAAGCCUGUCACUCUACGAUUCUACCAUCCCAUGUCUUCAAAUUCAUCUGUAAACGCUACUCCUCCUCCCGAAAGACCUAGCAUCUCUUUACAUGUUGCAGAGCAUGAAAGUACAGAUGAAGAGGACGCUUGCUCAGUCUCCGAAUCUAAAUGUGAGUCACAAUCAAUAGGAAUAACCACAAUCGCUCCAAGUGACGGAGCCUCUUCCACAGGCGAUAGUUUUGGAGGUAUUGCAGUUAGCUCCAGAACCCCUAGAGCUUCAUCCAUCGCAAAUUGUCCCAUUUCCGAAAAUAUUGUUCUACCACAACCUAUCAUCCCGGAGCCAUCGCGAUCUCGCCCCAGUGGAGCCGGCUUUAUCUCGCCUGCGGCGUUCAGUCGAGCAUUGCGUAGCGCAAUUGUCGCCUCGACUAGU